AUGAGACCGCAACCUCUUUGGCGCUCUUUUGGACUGUUGCAGAGCGUAUACUCUCGCUCUUAUCAGUCAUUCGGGCUUGGUCGCAGAGCCAUCCAGACUGCCACUUCCACAUCUCAGAUUCCAGACUUUGCAUUCGCAUUUGACAUCGAUGGUGUACUCCUCCGGUCGUCCAAGCCCAUCCCUGGUGCGGCCGAGUCAUUAGCACUUCUCAAGGACCAAGGGAUUCCAUUUAUUCUUUUGACAAACGGGGGUGGGAAACAUGAAACAGAGCGAGUGGCAGAGAUCAGUGAGAAGCUCAAGGUACCCUUGGACGCCUCAGCCAUCAUCCAAAGCCAUUCUCCUUUUGCGGAGCUUGUGAAGGGGCCUGAUGAACACAGCUCCUUGGAGAACAAAUGCGUGCUAGUUGUCGGAGGUAAAGGUGAUCGCUGUCGCCUGGUGGCGGAGCGGUAUGGCUUCAAGAAUGUGGUGACUCCUGGCGAUAUUUUCAUGGCCAAUCCAUCCAUUUGGCCGUUCUCCGAUGUUUUCAAAGAUUAUUACAAGAAAUUUGCGAGGCCGAUACCGAACCCUCUGGAUCCUCGAGAUCCAACCAAGGGAUUAAAAAUUGACGCCAUCUUCGUGUUCAAUGACCCCCGCGACUGGGCUUUGGACGCUCAUGUGAUUAUCGACGUUCUACUGUCAUCGCAGGGUGUAUUGGGUACUUUAUCGGACAAGAACGGGCGAACGGAUCUCCCAAACAAGGGAUUCUUGCAAGACGGCCAGCCGCAUCUGUACUUUUCAAACCCAGAUUUGUGGUGGGCAGCUGCUUACCAUUUACCGCGUCUCGGCCAGGGAGGUUUUCGCGAGGCCUUGGAAGGUACCUGGGCCGCGAUCACCGGUGGGCCAAGCAAAGGCGUCGAGCUGAAGAAGACGAUCAUCGGCAAGCCAUACCAAGGAACGUAUGAGUUCGCGGAGCACCAACUGCUGCGCAAUCGCGCUAGGACUUUUGAGACGGAUGCCGUUAGGCCAUUACGGAAUGUUUAUAUGGUUGGGGACAACCCAGAGUCCGAUAUCCGAGGCGCAAACACCUACCGCAGCAGACAUGGCAGCAAUUGGCAUUCGAUUCUCGUGCGCACUGGUGUCUAUCGCGGAGGAGAACCCGCUUGGACUCCAAAGGUUAUCGUUGACGACGUACAGAAGGCUGUCGAAUGGGGAAUAAAGACUUCUGGGUGGAAACUCACCGAAUGA